GUAAAAAAAAUUCCAGUUGAUGUUUUAUUACAUACAGGGAGUUUUUAUAUGGAGUUGAAAAAAUUAUGUACAUCAUCUCGUUACGUUAAAUACUGUGAUUCACGUGAUGAACCUAUGUUCAAAGGCUGGCCCCACAGAAAUAUUUGUAUAGCUAUUUUAAAUUAUUUAGAAAACAAAUAUUCUGCAUCAAAUGACAAUAAAAUGGCAUAUGAUGAUUGCAAACUUUUGAGUUAUUGGGCAUAUAGUACAUUAUUUGCUAUUAUGAGUAAUGAAAAAUAUGUUUUAUUAGCUUAUGCACAAGUUCAGCGAAUAUGGAAUGAUUUUAUUAAGCAUUUAUCUGAGAAUAAAAAAUGUGAACCCAUUAAUAGUAUGGUUAGUUAUACUGACUGGAGAAAAAGAAAGGAAUUGUAUGAAUACUGUGUUAAUUAUUCCGUAAUUUUACAGUUAGCUAACACUUAUAGGGAAAGUUGUAGCAAGUUUUAUAAAUACGUACAAAAUAAAGCUCCUCUAUAUGAAUUUUUUAAGAAUAAGUGUCCUGAUGAUAAUAAAAAUAUAUGCCCUGAAUUUUAUGAAGAUUGUAAAAAGUAUAAUCCAGAAGUUGUACUAUCUAAUUUUAAUUGUCACCGAAAAAAAAUUGAUGGGGGUGCAGAUAUGCCUAGCGUUCUAGAAGAGGAAACCCCACUUUUAGUUGGUAAACCCAACUCAGAAGAUUCAUCCUUUCAUAUUUUAGGUAGUGCAGCCAAAUCAGACGUGGUAUUCGACUCAAAUGAGAUGUCCUUUCAAAUGCCUACUGACGAUGUUUCUGAGAAUUUAAAUGAAAAAUCUCACACUGUAACAAAGGUUGGUAAUAUUCUUCUUGGAGUUGUUACAACUUCUAUGGCAUCUGGCGCUUUAUAUAAAGUAAAUAUAAAUUCAUUGAUACAAAUCAACUGCAUAAGUUUGUUAAUAUCUAUCAUUACAUCUACAUAA